CAAACUGACAGGAAGGAAGAGUGAGUGCACUGUGACGCUGCUCACAGCUUUUUGCUUCUUGACUCAACUCAUCUCAGAAGCUUUGCCACCUUUUUCUUGAUAUUUCAGGGAUAGUGAUAUUGUGUUUUAGAAGAAUUUGAGAACUGAGAAGUUAAGCGACAUAGACCUCCCUUCCCUCUGCACUGUGCGGUCCUCUUUUCCUCUCCUCCCCCCCUCCCUCUCUCUACAUAUCCUCCGUCUGGUCUUAGCUGUGGGGAUGAAUGCAGACGGAGACAGAUGGUACAGUAUAGUUAGUGUACUAGGAACUGAGGGUGAAGGAAAGAGUUCUGUGUCUCGCUGGACUGGACUAGGCUGAGAGAGGAGAGUGCUACCUGGUCAUGGGAUGCUGUAGUGUGACUCAGAGAGGAGCGCAUUCCGGGAUUGAUGAUGUGGGCCCUGACGAGAUCGAGCUCCUGGAGAUUGACAACUCAGGGAUAUGGAGUCUAGGAGAGAGCAGGCUUCAGCUCUCCGUGAGGAAUGGAAAAGAUGGUCCACCCUCUCGCUACCCUUCAGUGAGACACCUCAACCAGGAGGUUGUGCUAUGGGGCAGGAGCAGAGAGGAGCUACACCACAGAAUCUACAACCAGCCCAUCCGUGACUGGGAGGGCCAACCUACACACAUGUAUGGAGAGAUAGUGCACUCCUCCCUGGUGUCUCUCCACAACAGCUACACACAGGAGACACGUGAACACUAUCUGGUGCUGUUCUCCUUCCACUUGUUGAUCCUAUCUCUGGACCACUCUCACCAUGAUUUUAUCUAUGAGGGCAUGCUGCCUCUCUCUGGACUGUCUUUCCAAGCCACUUCACUAGCCUCCAACUCGCAAACCAUGUUCCAGAUCAGUGGUCCAAUGGUGGACUCCAAAGUAUUCACCUGUGCCAGUGCAGCAGAGAUGAACAAAUGGAUACACCACAUGGAGGAGAGGAAAUACAAAUCCAUGAGCCAACUGCUAAGCCCCUCCCACUGUGCACUGUCUUACCUGGUACCCUGCGAUGAGGUCUGGAAGAAAGAGGAACUGAAAACGUAUUUACUGCAAGCCCCAAUUCAGCAGUGGGAAGGGGCCCCCAUCCAGCACAUGGGCCAGCCUGUAUACAUAUCCAUGGUCCACAUCAUCAACACACAGAGACAGGUACUCCAUCAGCAACUUCUAGUACUCUUCCCUCAAGAUGUCCUCCUGCUCUCUGUGGAUAACAAGAGCCUCAGUGUCAUAUAUGAGGGUAGAUUGCCUCGGAAAAGCAUCACAGCCGUGGAGAGGUCAGCAUUACCUGGGAGGCUGGAGUUCGAGUUAGCAGGUGAACUGAUUGAGCCGCUGCAGGUAUCUUGCACCUGUCCUGAAGAAUAUCAGAACUGGAUCUUCCAGCUACAACAGCCGGAAAAAAACCUCCAAGCUACCUCAAACCACCCGGCUCCACCUCUCAUGCCAAAAAAACAAAGGAGCAGAAAGGAGUCCCAGGAACCAAUGAUAAUUGCACAUUAAUGAGACUAACUGACCAAUGGCCUCACAAUAUAGAAGACUCAUGCCUCUUUUCAUUAAUAGACACUAUUUGUGUAUAUCGUGUAUACAGUUCCUUUAGAAAGUAUUCAUACCCCUUGACUUAUUCCACAUUUUGUUGUGUUAUAGCCUGAAUUCAAAAUUGAUUAAACAUAUAUUUUUUCUCUCACCAAUCUACAUAAAAUAGCUCCAAAUGAGUGAAAACAUGUUUUUAGAAAUGUUUGCAAAUUUACUGGAAAUGAAAUACAGAAAUAUCUAAUUUACAUAAGCAUUCACAUAAGCAUAAGCAUUCACACCCCUGAGUCAAUACAUGUUGGAAUCACCUUUGGCAGCUAUUACAGCUGUGAGUCUCUCUGGGUAAGUCUCUAAGCGUUUCGACACAUUGAUUGUAUUAUUUUAUUUUAUUUUAAUUUAAGCUCUGUCAAAGUGGUUGUUGAUCAUUGCUAGACAGCCAUUUUCAAGUAUUGCCAUAGAUUUUCAAGCCAAUUAGUCAAAACUGUAACUAGGCCACUAAGGAACAUUCAAUGUCGUCUUGGUAAGCAACUCCAGUGUAUAUUUGGCCUUAUCUUUUAGGUUAUUGUCCUGCUGAAAGGUGAAUUUGUCUCCCAGUGUUUGUUGGAAAGCAGACUGAACCAGGUUUUCCUCUAGGAUUUUGCCUGUGCUUAGCUCUAUUCCAUUUAUUUUUUAUCCUAAACAACUCCCUAGUCCUUGCCGAUGACAAACACAAUCAAUAACAUGAUGCAGCCACCACCAUGCUUGAAAAUAUGAAGAGUGGUACUUAGUGAUGUGUUGAAAUUGGCCCAAAUAUAACACUUUGGAUUCAGGACAUAAAAUGUAUUUCUUUGUAUUUCUUUGCCAAAUGUUUCACAGUUUUACUUUAGUGCCUUGUUGCAAAAAUAUUUUUAUUCUGUACAGGCUUCUUUCUUUUCACUCUGUCAUUUAGGUUAGUAUUGUGGAGUAACUACAAUGUUGUUGAUCCUUUCUCAGGACGCCUGUAUCUUUGUAUUGAUAUAUCAUCCAAAGUGUAAUUAACCCUUCUCCUACAAUUUACAUGUCCCUGUGGAAAUCAAAUUAACAAUAAAAAAUGUAUUUCAAAAUCCGUCUGUUCAAGCUAGGGCUUUGUCUCAAUCCACUGUAUCUGCCAAUAUAGCCCUUCCGCAUAUGCGGUAAAAGGUGGCAGAGCUAGAGCGGUGUUUGUCAUACCAUAAGACAUCCGGAAAAUCUGUCUUCUCGAGAAAAGGUCUAAAGCGUCCGAAAGGUUAGGCCUACAAACUACUAUGAAAGAUGAGACUCUCACGCUGAUGUUCUCCGUUUGGCUCUACGAUCCCCACAAGCUUCACAGGACUCGUCUGAAGUCGGUAAAGCCUCUUCUGCCAACUUCUGUCUGCAGCGUCCCAACAAUUUGGUCUCCACACUAAUACGACCCCUCUGUAGGACGCCCACAAGCCUCACAAGACUCCUCUGAAGGUCCCCGGACCCAAUUGUUUCCUGAGCUUUCUUAUAUCUCUCAGAUAUAGGGCAGACACUUAAAGAACAAACUUCCUUUUUAUAUAUUUGUUUUACUAUCUGUUCCAUGUAGUGAAUCUGUUAUUCAAUGUGUUUCUAUGGGCUAAUAACAGUAACAACAAAAUCAAUGUGUCAUCUAAUAAUUUUUGUAUAUAUUUUUUUAUACCUUUGAGGGGUCUUAAAAUUCUAAAUCAAAUACUGUAAUGAUCCUUAGUAUGACCAUCUUAAAACAAUUCCAUAAGUUAGCUUAGUAGAACCCCCCUUACCCCAGCUUAGACAGGGCUUAGAGUCUCUUAACUCUCUAGAGGGUUAAUAACUUCACCGUGCUGAAAAGGAUAUUCAAUGUCUGCUUUUUUUUACCCAUCUAUCAAUAGAUGGACUUCUUUGCGAGGCAUUGAAAAACCUCCCUUGUGUUUGUGUUUGAAUCUGUGUUUUAAAUUCACUGCUCGAAUGAGGGACCUUACAGAUAAUUGUAUGUGUGGGGUACAGAGAUGAGGUAGUCAUUUAAAAAUCAUAUUAAACACUAUUAUUGCACACAAAGUGAGUCCAUACAACUUAUUUGACCUGUUAAGCAAAUGUUCACUCCUGAACUUAUUUAGGCUUGCCAUAACAAAGUCAUUGAAUCCUUAUUGACUCAAGACAUUUCAGCUCUUAAUUUUUAAUUAAUUUUCCAAAUUUUAUAAAACAUAAUUCCACUUUGUCAUUAUGGGGUAUUGUGUGUAGGCCAGUGACACAAAAUCUCCAUUUAAUCCAUUUUAAAUUCAGACUGUAACAACCAAAUGUGGAAAAAGUCAAGGGUGUGAAUACUUUCUGAAGGCACUGUAUAUGUAUAUAUUAUUCAGUCUGGUCCAAUGAAAUUAAGAGAUUCUGGUGAACAUUCUUCUGCUGUAGACUUCUGUCUGUAGUACUCUGCUUCACUAGUGACUGUAAUCGCAAUGAAUAGGCUAAAUAGGGAGUUUAUUUUGAGUGAACUGAUUGUACAAUAUUUUUCGUAGAAUCUCUGUGAACCAAAAUAGAAAAUCUAGUGCUGUUCAUGACCUUUUCCAUAUUUUCUGUUAUGAUUGUUCUUGAAAUGUACGGACUCAAUAAAAAGUAACUAAAUACCUUU